AUUCACAUCCUCACCUAACCACCUCUUCCUCACGCCGCCGCCCCUCCCCGUCCGUCAUAACGGCGGCGUCCAUCCACUAUUAUUCUCCACACACCAACUCGCCGUCUUGCUAUCUCGCCAAACCUCACCGUUCCACCGCCGCAAUCUCUACAAACAUAGCAAUCUAAAUAACAUAACAUUUAAAUACAAGCCACUGGAAAUUGAAUAAACCAGUAACAAACGCAACACAUUGUCAGAGACUAUGAUCUACUAUAGUUCUCCAGUUUCUUCAUCCUGAUUUUCCACUCUCAUUCAUCAUCGAUCUAUUCAUAAAAUAAAUUUUAGUAAUUAACACACCGUCACUGUGAGGAACGGUAGUGGCGGCGGUGGAGCGACGGCGAGAGGAACAGGGAGGAGAUAUGGCGAUGAGAUCACACCUCAUCCAAUCUAUAUAAACCCACCCAUUCAAGAUCCAUUUUCUUCCAUCUCUGCUUCCUUCUCCUCUAUUUCCACACUCUCCUCUCAGGUUUGGGUGCUUGAUUAACUAGUUAUAAUAAUGGCUGCUCUCAAACCUGGUGUCAUUGCUUUGUUUGAUGUUGAUGGGACUCUUACUGCUCCUAGGAAGGGGGCUACUCCCGAGAUGUUGAAAUUCAUACAAGAACUACGAAAGAUUGUAACUGUUGGAGUUGUUGGGGGUUCCGAUCUUGUGAAGAUAUCGGAGCAACUUGGCCAGACAGUUACCAAUGACUAUGAUUAUGUAUUUUCUGAGAAUGGUCUUGUGGCUCAUAAGCAAGGAAAGCUCAUUGGAACUCAGAGCCUGAAGACAUUUGUUGGGGACGAAAAGCUCAAGGAAUUUAUUAAUUUUACGCUUCAUUACAUUGCUGACUUGGAUAUCCCUAUUAAGAGGGGAACAUUUAUAGAGUUCCGUAGUGGGAUGCUGAAUGUGUCGCCGAUUGGGCGAAACUGUAGCCAAGAAGAAAGAGAUGAAUUUGAGAAGUAUGACAAGGUUCAGAACAUCCGCUCAACAAUGGUUUCUAUACUUCGCGAGAAGUUUGCACACCUUAACUUAACAUUUUCCAUUGGAGGACAGAUAAGCUUUGAUGUUUUCCCUCAAGGUUGGGACAAAACAUACUGCUUGAGAUACCUUGAUGAUUUCAAGGAAAUCCACUUUUUUGGUGACAAAACUUACAAGGGUGGAAAUGACCAUGAAAUCUAUGAAUCUGAACGGACUGUUGGUCACACAGUUACCAGCCCUGAAGAUACCAUAAAGCAGUGUAAAUCUUUGUUCGUGGAAAAUUAAGAUUUUGCAGCUGCACAUCAUUACUGAUACUGAACAACAUGGAGCAAUGUUUUACAGAGAAGACCACAGGAUUCAAAUCUCAUAAAGCCUAAACAGUCUUAAAUUGUUUACUGGAUUUUCCAUCAUCUGUGAUAGAGUACUUGAUUUGUUCUAGUAAUCCUUAAUUGUAAUUGAUUUGUUUCCUGGAAAUAAUGAAGUCGCUAUAGUUAAAUUUCA